AUGCCUGCCCUUGUCCUGUAUCCUGUACCCGUAUGGCAUGACAUGUUCGCGAGCAGACAGCAGUCGCCUUGCACAGCCACAGUGGUAAAAUGGUGCGCCACAGUUGUAAAAGACACGAGCACGCGGUACUGCUCAAGUGUACGAUUGGAUGUUCCUGGCGCUUCAGGAAUCAUUCCUAGUGUGGUGGCAUGUCAUAUGACCAUGGGUUUAGCGUCGGGCGACUUGGGCUUUACUCCGAGUGGUUAG